ACAUAUAUGUACUUCCAUAGACAUAGCACUUCUUUUCUUGCUCCCGUCUGAUUCUCUUGUAAAAAAUCUACACACGCAUAUAUGUACUUCCAUAGACAUAGUACCUCUUUUCUUGCUCCCGUCUGAUUCUCUUGUAAAAAAUCUACCUCUUUUCUUUCUCCCAUCUGAUUCUCUUGUAAAAAAUCUACACACGCUUAUAUGUACUUUCAUAGACAUAGUACCUCUUUUCCUCCUCCCGUUUGAUUCUCUUGUAAAAAAUCUACACACCCAUAUAUGUACUUCCAUAGACAUAGUAUCUCUUUUCAUAUAUGUACUUCCAUAGACAUAGUACCUCUUUUCUUGCUCCUAUUCUCUUGUAAAAUUCUACACGCACAUAUAUGUACUUCCAUAGACAUAGCACCUCUUUUCUUGCUCCUGUCUGAUUCUCUUGUAAAAAAUCUACACACAUAUAUGUACUUCCAUAAACAUAGUAUCUCUUUUCUUCCAUAGACCCCCUCUUUUCAUAAUUAUAUUACAAGUCUUCUCUUAAUCUUCUUGGACUCUGUUUCAUAAAGUGAAACGCCAUUCCCACUACAAGUGUUCCAUUGUUCUUGUGGAUUUCAAUAAUGCACAACGGGGAGCUCGAAUUCUCUAACCAAGAAAUUGUUUCAAGUUCUAAUUUUGGUGAAACUCCAGAAUGUAGUUCUACGAAAAGGCUUUUCAAUGAAAUUUUCUCGGAAAUGCAUGCUUGCAUUCAUACCCACCCUUGCAAUACACCUGGCCCUGAUAACUCACAUACACAUACUUGUUACCAUGUUCAGACCAUGGUUGUUCCUCCUCCAAGUGAGGAUAAGAUCCUCAGUGAUGAUACUGCAGAUUCUGCAGCAGCAAAUAAAGGAAAGAAACGCCCUUUGAGUAAUAAGGAAGCAGUUCGCAGGUACCGUGAGAAAAAUAAGGCUCAGGUUGCAUCAUUAGAGGAUGAGGUAGUCAGAUUGAGGGCUAUAAAUCAGCAAGUGUUGAAGAGGCUGCAGGGUCAAGCUUUCUUGGAAGCUGAAAUUUCCAGGCUCAAGUGCUUGCUUGUGGACAUCCGAGGAAGGAUUGAAGGUGAAAUUGGAUCAUUUCCAUACCAGAAGCCAAUGGAGGGUGCGGAUGCAUAUCAGAACCUUGUGUAUCCUAACCUCCAUGGAGCUUAUUUCACGAACCCUUGCAACCUACAUUGUGAUAAUGAGGUUUAUUGCGUCCAGCCGAGUUCGGAAGAGUUAAAAUGGACAAGGCCUCAAUAGUUGUGGAUUUGGACUUAAGGAGAUUCCUGGGUGUGCAUUGGGCUAUGGUACUCCAACUGCCAGCGCUUCUCGUGGGAAUAAGAGAACAGGAUUGUGUGUUUUGCCAGAGUCACUAUGAAUCGAGAGAUCUCCAUUAUGUCAGCUGUACUUACACUCAACAGGUCUAGACAAGGAUCAUGCAAUGGCUACAGAAACAGCACCAUCUUUGCAAUAGUUGGGACCAACACCUCACGAAGAUCAUAUGCUGCUCUGAAGGGAAGUCUCAGGCUGCACAUAUUUUUAGACUGGUAUAUGUGUUAUAUAGUUUGUAAUAUUGGAGUAAUUUGGGUACUACAGUUGAAAUAAUUAGUUUGGGUACCAAAUAAAUAUUCAAAAAUAGGUACCAUUGGUGAAAUUCCUAACAGGUACCACUAGUGAAAUAUUUCAACAGGCUUGACACAACCUUUGGAACAAGGACACAACCUUUCGGAACAAGUGUUUAAUUCAACUGCUUAUCUUCUCUAUAAAUAGAGAAGUAAUUACUCCAAAUCAGACACUUUCAAUUCAACUGAUAAUGGUCUUGUUGUAUUCCAAAAGGAGUGUUGUCAGCUAACCCCAUAGACAGGCAAUCACUCUUUUGAGACAGUGAUAAUAUCACGCCUCAAGCCUUCCUUUCUAUUCUCUUCAUCUAAAUUUUAACAAUUCAAAAGACUGAUUAUCUCACAGUUAUGGAAAUCAAUCAAAAUUCUAGAAUCUCUUUGAUGAAUAAGGAUUUCAUUAA